AUGGCGCAGACGGGCUUUGGGCGAAGAUACUUCAAAGCUUUUGUUAGUGGCUUCUUUGUAGCUGUCCCCGUGACAGUGACUGUUUUAGACCGUCUUGCCUAUGUGGCACGCGUGGAAGGUGCCUCGAUGCAGCCGUCCUUAAACCCAGAUGGAGAGUCGUCACCUGAUGUUGUGCUGCUCAACCGCUGGAGUGUGAGGAACUACCAAGUACACCGAGGGGACAUUGUGUCAGUUCUGAGCCCGAAGGACCCUCGGCAGAAGAUCAUCAAACGGGUCAUUGGGAUCGAGGGGGACUUCAUCAAAACGCUGGGAUAUAAAAACCGUUAUGUAAGAGUUCCAGAUGGACAUCUGUGGAUCGAGGGGGACCAUCAUGGACACAGUUUCGACAGCAACACAUUUGGACCGGUGACCGAUGGAAACUGUCUUUCAGGCUGCAGUUUUAAAGGGUCUUUUCUGGAAGUCACCACCGUAGGCAGAUUUCGCCACAAAUAGACUUGUUUAUAAAAAAUUCAACAAACACCGCCAAAGAUUGCCGCUUUCUGGGGACUUUGUUAACAGCCUUGACGCGCUCGAAUGCCCCCGCCUGUAAUGUAUAGAGAUUGAGGUAUUAUUGGUUCUUUGAAGAAGCUUCUUUGCUGCACGGCUCCUCAGAUACAUUAUUAAACACAGCAGUGAUUCUUUCUCCCAUCUCAACUCAGACUGUGACACGACUCGCUACAAUCAUUCGCAAUACCGUCAAGAUGUGUUGCUCAGAUUCGUCCUUGAAAUGUUUUUAAAUGUUGGGAUUUGCUUGCUUGGACUGAAAUCGUCCUGUCCAUUUAGUCACUGACUUCCUUCAGUUUUGAUGGUUUUGCACCGGCUGAGGUUUUCGAGUGUUCGUCCUCAGGAGGAUUUUUAAUGAUGUUUCUUGUCAGAAAGCAAAUGAAUAUGUUUCUUACUGAACCACAUACUUCCUAGGUCUCUUUUAUUAUUGUUUCACAUCCAUUACCCAAAACGUUUUUGGUUUCCCCCAGAGACCAGGCUUGAAAAACUCAAGGGAGUGGUGUGAGAUAGAUUUGGUGAAAAACCAUCAGGUCAUAUAUCACUAAGCAAAUAUUCUCGCUGGAUGUUUCAGGCAAUUGCUUUCACUUUUGUCAGUACAGACCGCGCCGUUACCUUGACUUGAUGUAGGCCUAUUAUGCAGCAAGAUGUGUGUGUUUUGGAGGAAAUAAACUUUUC